AUGGCCGGGGCUUGGCUGCUGCUUCUCUUGGCCCUCGGGUGUCCAGCCCCGCCCGCAGGUGUGGGCGGCACCCCCUUUCCCUCGCUGGCGCCCCCCAUCACCAGGCAGGUGGACGGGAAGCAGCAGGUGCUGGUGGUCUGCCUGGUCCUGGACGCGGCGCCCCCUGGCCUGGAGAGCCCCGUCUGGUUCUCCGCUGGCAACGGCAGCGCCCUGGGCGCCUUCACCUACGGCCCUUCCCCAGCCGCAGAUGGCACCUGGACCCGCGUGGCCCAGCUCUCCCUGCCCGCAGAGGAGCUGGCAUCCUGGGAAGCCUUGGUCUGCCACACGGGGCCUGGGGCUGGGGACCGCAGCCAGAGCACACAGCCCCUGCAGCUGUCAGGAGAGACGCCCUCAGCCAGGACCUGCCUCUGGGAACCUCUGGGGGGGCCGGGGGGCCGUGUGCUGAGGCUGGGGGCGCUGAGGCUGCUGCUCUUCAAGCUGCUGCUGGUGGACCUGCUCCUGACCUGCAGCCGCCUGCUCACCCCGCCCGCUGCACCCGGCUCCCCGCACCGGCCGCCCUGCAGCCUUGGCGGCAGGAACACCUUGGUGACCGAUGACUGCAGUCGCCGCCGGGAGAGACCGACCCAGCGCUCAGGGCUUCCCACCUCGGAGGACACUGGACCUGCUUCCCCUGGGGGCAGGGCGGUCCCUUCCUUCCCCUGA